AUGGGAAAAUUCGGUACCUACAGGUAUUUAGAGUUAAAAGAUGAUACCUCAACGUCACAUAUCAGCUUAAGGAGUAGAACCUUGAAGCAACCUAGAAGAUUGAAGAAGAUAUUUAUUUUACUUCUCAUAUUAGCAUUAUGUGCCACAUAUUUCUUGGGGCUGUUCGCGGGGCAGACACAGUGGUUCGAUGGUCUGGCAAAGAGCUUGGGGUACGAGAGUGUGUACCACCAUGCAGUGAUCAUUGACGCAGGCUCCUCCGGGACUAGGGUCCUGGCGUAUAAAUUUAGAGUGCCGUUUACAGUAUUCAGUCAAGUAAGUUUGGAUUUAGAAAAUGAAUAUUUUGAAGAAUCUAAACCUGGGUUAUCUUCAUACGUGGAUGAUCCAGAAAAAGGAGCAGAUACAAUAGUACAAUUAGUGAAAAGAGCAGAACAAAAGUUGCCCAUGGAGAAGAAACGUGAGACGCCCCUUAUAGUGAGAGCGACGGCUGGUCUUCGAUUGCUUCCUAAGGACAAAGCGCUGCAAUUAGUAGAUGAAGUAGAUAAGGCCGUAAAUAAAUUGGGGUACGAUGUAGGAGCAAAUAGUGUGGAAAUAAUGGACGGUUCGGACGAAGGGAUCUUCAUUUGGUACACGGUUAAUUUAUUGCAUAAUCUAAUCGAUGGUGAGACAAUGGCUGCCUUAGACUUAGGGGGUGGUUCCACCCAAAUAACAUACCAGUUAAGCGAGAAAGAUGCUAAGUUUUAUCCGAACUCGGACCGAUAUAUAGUGCCCGCUGGCAGUGAUAAUAUUACUUUAUAUACACAUAGCUACCUAAAGUUAGGUUUGUUAGCGGCGAGACACGGAGUGUUUCGGCUGGAGGCGAACGAUAACAACACCAAUGAGUUCGAGUCAGUGUGCGUCGAUCCCAUCGUGCAGAAGGAGAAGUGGACGUAUGCGAACAAACAAUAUAUUAUUAGCGGGGCGCGCCGGCCGGACAGCAUGAAGCGCGAGGCGGUGUACAACCGCUGCCACGAGGUGGUGCGGCGCUACGUGCGCGCCACGCUCGACUGGGAGCCCAGCGAGCCUCCGCGCGGCGCCGUCGCCGCCAUGAGCUAUUUCUACGACGUGGCCGCCGAUGCCGGCAUUAUUGAUGUAAUGAAGGGCGGCACGGUGUCGGUGGCGCAGUACCGCGCGGCCGCGCUCAAGGCGUGCUCGGCCUCCAACGUGGAGCAGCCGUGGGCGUGCGCCGACCUCGUGUACGUCGUCACGCUGCUGCAGGACGCGUACAAGAUUCGUGACAACGAGCCCGUCUCGCUAUUUAAAAAAGUGAACGGACACGAAGUAUCGUGGGCACUAGGACUCGCUUACACCAACGUGAUGAACAGAAUCGCGGCGAAAGCC